UUCUUCACUCUUCACUGGUGUAAAUCCUAAAAAUCAGCUGAUAUUUGUAUGAAUUCCGUUAUUUCUGAUAAAACUCUUUUAAAUCUUAAUAUUUUAUUUUAAAAAUGAGUGAAAUAUUGAGUGUGUGUCUAUCGUGUGCGAACGACAAAAACACAUUUAAUAUAUUUGAUACACAUGAGUGCGAAGGAUGUGAAGAAAUUUACGCCGAAAUGCUGAAAUCAUGUUUUAACAUUUUAAUUACAGAUAAUGAUGAGCUAAAUGCAAUGUGUGAGAAAUGCAUUUUGAAAUUAAGAGAUGCAUUUUAUUUCAAACAAGCAACACUGAAGAACAUAAAUGACCUUAAAAGCCAAAUAGAAUUAGAAAUGAAAUUAUUAGAAGAUUUACAGUCGAAUUACACAGAAAAUGAUGAUUCGUUACAAGAUUACAAAGAGCCUGAACUGGAUCCUAAAACCGGUCUAUUGAAUUACACUAAUAUCAAUAAUACUAAACAAGAAAAGGUUAGCGUUACAAUCACUGCAGAGACGACUGUUACAAAAAACGAGAAGAACGUGAAAAAAAUUAAUGAUUAUUCAAAAAUGGACUACAGCAAAGGUACUGAAAAGAAAGACAAGCCAUACACAAUUUUCCCUGGCCAAACAACCUGUUCAAUCUGCAGUGAAUCAUUUACAACUACAAAAACACUACAUGAGCAUAUGAAUGGUCACUAUCCGCUUUUCGAAUGUGAUGAGUGCGGGAAUAAAUACGCCAGCGAGGCUCAACUGAAGAGACAUAAAGAGGUUCAUUUGCAGGGACCUUUUUCCUGUACUCAAUGCGAACAGGUUUUUGAAAAACUAAACACGCGCAACGCUCACAUAUGGCGUGUACAUCAGUCGUCGCACCCUUACAUCUGUUCUGAGUGCGGCGAACGCUUCAAGACGUUCCACCAACGGCUGAAGCAUUUGCAAGAGUUCCAUGGGAAAACUGAACCAAAAUAUCCGUGUCCUCAUUGUAGUAAUAAAUAUUUUUAUUCAG